AUGGAUUUAGGAGCUGCUCCCCAUACAGGUUCUCGUCAGGUCAAGUUAGACUAUCCUCGUUUCCACUCCGGUGACCCCACAACUUGGAUUAUCGCUGUCGACCGCUACUUUGCAUUUUAUCAGGUACCUUUACUUGAUCGCUUAAAUCUAGCUGCCUUCUACUUGGAUGAACCUGCGACCAGUUGGUUUACUGGCUCUGGUCAGAAUGGUUUAUUGUCGGAUUGGAGGACGUUUUGUGUCGCCCUGCACCGUCGGUUUGGACAAUCGGAAUUCGAAGACCCAGCUGGUGCUUUCGUAAAAAUUCAUCAAACUGGAUCCGUGUUAGACUAUCAAUCUAAUUUUGAAAAACUUAUCCGACGUUCUGUUUUGACUCAUAGGCCACAUGACUAUCACGAGGCUUUUUCUUUGGCACGAGUAUAUGAAGACCAAUCUAUGGAGUUUCGUUCCUCUAGACCUUGGCAGUCCUCUGCCAAACACCUUGCCGCUCCGUCCGCACCACCACCUACCACUAUUGUUUCAACCACCACAAAACCCAUUUCUGCUUUACCCAUUCGAAGAUUAUCCCCAGCUAAAAUGCAACUGAAACGGGAAAAGAAUUUGUGUUACACAUGUGACGAACCCUACUCUUUUGGAUACAAAUGUAAAGGCAGUGCUACCUUGUUGUAUUUUGAAGGCACUGAGGAUGAAUCCGAACCACCAUCUCUUUUACCUGAGGAAGAUCCACCACCUAGUGAGCCUACUCCUGCCAUCUAUUUUAAUGCUCUUUUUGGACAUUACAGCUCACGUUCCUUCCGUCUCCAGGGUUCCAUACUGGGCAAAGGGGUUCAGGUUUUAGUUGAUGGGGGUAGUACCCACAACUUUAUUACGGCACGAAUGGCUUCUUUCAUUGGUUUAACUCUACAUCACAUUCCUCCAUUUCAGGUCCAAGUUGGUAAUGGUGAGGCUUUUCCUUGUAUUGCCUCAUGUCAGGGGGUCCAAUUGAUGCUUCAGUCGCAUACCUUUGGGGCUGACCUGUUUGUUUUGAACCUUAAAGGGGCUGACGUCGUCCUGGGUAUUCAAUGGCUAUCCUCGUUGGAUCCAAUAAUCACCGAUUAUGGCUGUUUGACUAUGUCUUUUACCCUCAAUGGUGUUAUUGUUAGCUUGCACAGGGAUGAAACCAACAUCCCAACUGCACUCACUAAUGCCCAACUUCAUAAAUUAGUGGCCCAAGAUUCUAUCUCAUCUUACUUUAUGUGUUUUUCCAGCACUAUUUCCGAUACCACCUUAUCCAUAUCACCGCCCCAACCACUGCCCCAAAUCCAACAUAUUUUAAACCAUUUCCCUGAUGUCUUCAUCACCCCUACAUCCUUGCCCCCUUACCGACCUUUUAACCAUCAUAUUCACUUACUUCCUAACUCCAAACCAAUCCAAGUCCGUCCUUACCGCUACCCUCACUUCCAAAAGACAGAGAUUGAACGUUUGGUAGCCGAAAUGUUAGAGACCGGCUUAAUUCAACCCAGUCAAUUGACCUUCAGUUCCCCUGUUCUUCUGGUGCGUAAGAAAGACGACACAUGGCGGUUCUGUGUUGAUUACCAUGCCCUUAACACCAUUACAGUGCUAGAUAAAUUUCCUAUCCCCACAGUGGAUGAACUCCUAGAUGAGCUGCAUAGCGCUCAGAUAUUUUCAAAGCUAGAUUUGCGGUCUGGGUACCACCAGAUCAAGAUGCACCUCCACGAUGUGCAUGAAACUGUUUUUCGCACCCACAAUGGUCAUUUUGAAUUUCUGGUCCUUCCAUUUGGGUUGUCUAAUGCACCGGCAACUUUCCAGGCGACUAUGAAUCAUGUUUUCAGCAGUUUCUCACAACGGUUUGUCGUCAUUUUCUUUGAUGAUAUCCUUAUUUAUAGUCCGUCGCUUCUGGAACACGCAGGCCACGUGGUACAAGUGUUGCAAACUUUACGUCAACAUCAGUUUUUUGCUAAACUAACAAAGUGUUCUUUUGCAGUUUCCUCUAUUCACUUCCUUGGUCACAUUAUAUCUGCCAUGGGGGUCUCACCCGAUCCAUCUAAGGUGGAUGUUGUGCAGAUUUAUUAA